AGCUGUUUUUAAAACUUUCUGUAUCCACAGAAGCCAUUGCUAAUCAUUGUUAAAGUGUUAAACUUCUAAGGAUGAUUGUCAUCGACGUCAUUACUUAAACGCGCCAUAAUUUUUCUGUAAUUUUCGGAGCUUUUGCGAGUUGGUUGCUUAGCAUCUGCUUGCUAAUACUAGUAAUUUGAAGUAGCAGACGUGUAGCCGGCUUUAGAACUGAUGAGGAAAAGGUUCUUGGAAGAGGAAAACAAACAUUCAAAUCAACAAUUCUGAACUAGGAAAGGAAUUAUAUGCGACUAUUUUUGAGGCAAAGUUUAUUAUUGCGGGAAUAAAAGAAGUGUCUUCCCACAAGAGUAGGCAGCUCUGCUGGAGUUUUGAACGCUUUGGUUAUUAUACAAUACGAACUUGAAGACAAUUGAUUUGCAUAAAGGGUGAGCCUAUACUGCGAAUCAACCAUUCACUUGAAUACCUGAUUCUUAACGAGUUUUCUCGAACGAAAAAUGAACUCAACACAAGCCCAGUGUUUUGAAGAAUUAACGAAGUUUUUGAACAAACAAGGUGCAUUAGAGCAGGUCAUGACACCGAGCAUUGUCAACUUGGUUUUCAACGUAGUUCUAACGCUGACUGCGUCAGUGGGUAAUUCCUUGAUAAACUGUGCCAUCUUUACGACUCAGAACCUACAAACACCAUCUUAUUUAUUGAUAACAAGCUUAGCCUUCACAGAUCUUCUUGUUGGUCUAGUAUAUCAUCCACUACAGACCUUGUUAAUGGUUCAUAUCUUAAACAAGAACGCGAAAGGUGUUUGUCAGAUCAUUUCCAUCUACAGCUUUGUUAUAACAUUUUUAAGCGUCCUUUCGUUCUUGAUGGUCGCUUUGAUAAGUAUCGACAGAAACUUGGCUUUCAAUCUCAGACAGCGAUACAGAAUAACAGUCACCAAGAGACGAGUACGACUUGUAAUUUACCUUGGAUGGAUGUUUUCUCUUCCUUUUGGUUUUUCCUCUAUAUUCCUUCAACAUCAAGUUCAUGUGCCAACACUGAUCAGUUUUCUUGGUCUUCUACUGUUGAGUACCAUUUGUUUCUACGUGAAUGCUUAUCGCGGUCUUCGUCAUAUUGGCCACACAGUACAUCCACCACAGCCUAAUCAACUGCAAAGUACUUUCAAUGUUCUGAAAUACAGAAAAACUUUAAAAACGAUGGUUAUUGUUCUUGUCUGCUUAUUGCUUUGCUUUGCACCAUUUAUUUGCAGUCUAGUUGUAAUUGUUUCGUACGGAGUGAGCACUGCGACUAUAACAUUUGCAUUUGCGUGUCUUACUUUACUGGCUCUUCAUUCUAGUAUAAAUCCUGUCAUUUAUAUCAUCGGUUUUAGAGAUAUUCGUCGCCAGGUCAGAAAACAGAUACUGGAUAAUCUAUGUCAUCACUGAAAUCAUUCGCACUUGCAUUCGAAAAAUAGAACGAUUAUGGAAAAUAGAAAAACUGCUGAAAAUACACUAGAAA